UUUCAAGAUCGCGCGAUCAUUGCAGAAUAGCUCUCUCAGAAGAAUCGUGAUUGCGAACGGAUUUCCGCGCAACGACCCUCCGACCUUCCGAACAAAACAGCGCGGCGGAAGUCGUAAAAAAGUGUCAUUGAAUCUUCGAUACAGAGUGCAAUAUUGUUGCGUGCGUGCCGAGACGAAAUGCCGGCGCGGGACGGCCUUGGGGCCUCCAUCAUGACUCGAAUCGAAAAGGAACCGUAGGUGUACGACCCGUUCAUCGUCGCACCUGUCGAGCUACGGCGAUAUCGGCAGUGGAAAGUGGUCUCUCUCUCGUGGAUGAAAGUAGUUUAUUGCGGGAAACACGCCGACGAGUUUCCGUGCGCGCCUCCGAAUAAACGUGUAACUUUUGUUGGAAGAAUCAUUGUGUACCUCGAGGUCUAUCGGCGAAUCGGAAAUCGUUAGCUGGCUGACUUUUCAUCCUGAACUGGAGGAAGAGCCGAUUAAUUAAGAUAUCCGUGAAUUCUUCGAAAAAAACACUUAAAAUUAUAUUCCAUUUACCUGCCACGAGAAUCUCAAUUUUCCUGACAACGAAGAAACUGUCGAGAACCGUCUCGAUCUUCUCUAUCUGCCUCGUCGCUUUAUCACCCACAAUCGAUGCCAUGCUGUGCACCAGGCAGACUUUGCAGGCAUAAAAAAAUCACGAGUGUGCAUUAUAGUUGAUUGAAACGAAAGGGAGACAGAAAGAGAGAGAAAGAGAAAAAAAGACGAGGUAAUCAGUCAGAGGGAGUGUUUCGAGUGGCCCAUUUCCCUUAUCACGAUAAAGCGUCAGUUUGACUUGGCGCGACCAUCACGGAGAAUCGGCACAGGUAGUGCACGGGGUGAUUCACUUUUCGAUUGCCAUUCAUGCGAUCAGUCUUCUCGCGGAUCUGUCGCCGCGAUGAGUACAACAGCCGCGAAUUCGCUGCCGCCGUCAUCGCCGUUGUCAUCAUAUUAUAAUUGUAAUCGAGGAAUGAUUUGAAAUCGGCACGUGAGACCGCAACGGAGCGAAGAUGGACAUGGAACUGGUGACCCGAGUGUCAUUGAGCUCUCUGCAAACCGACGAUGGUCGUAUCAUCUCCCCCAACAGCUUCGACGAAUGGACGUGGUCUAGUCUGAGGAAACAAUUCAAGUACAAGAGCCUAGAAAAGCUAUAUACGAUCUAUCAAAGGCGAUUACAAUAUGGUUAUCUCUCAAUAUUCAUUUUGCUGCAACUGGUGCUUGGAUUCAUAUAUUGUUUGAUUCUCAUGGUCAUUAAUGAGGAAUGUUGGCCGGACAUCGUAGUUUACUGUAUCGUAGGCGCUCUGCUUUGUCCCAUGAUCGCCUUGUCAUUCAGAUCGAAAAUCAUCGCCAAAAACACUUAUUUGCCAAUCAUGCUUUCCUGGCUGAUCGUUGUGCUCUUGGUCGCCGCUGACCUAGCAAUUCCUCUGUAUUAUACCUUCACCUAUCCCGAAGGUAUUCCGAUAAGACCGGCAUACGCGACACACGCGCUUCUCGCUUGUUAUGUGUUUCUGCCGAUCACGAAGAAUUCACAUGCUUUCGUGCUCGGCCUUACCGCCACCAUAUGUUACUUGGUGACCUUGUCGUUAGUCACCUACAGCAACACCGAUCACAAGAUUAUCAGUGAUGCAAUAUACUUUGUGUGCAUAAAUGGCCUGGGACUUUACUUCAGGUUCAUGAACGAGGUCGUCAUCAGACGCUCUUUUCUAGAUCGCCGAAAGUGUGUCGAAUCUACGCUCAGACUUAACUAUGAAAAGGAUCAAGAAGAACAAUUGACACGCAGUAUAUUGCCGCAACAUAUAGUGGCGAAAAUAAAAAAAGAUUUUAGAGAUAUUUUCAAGUUCAUAGAGGAGCACAAGAAAAGUCCUGCGCCGAAAGGCAGGCCUCAUGGCAGCGAUCUAUGCGUAGAGACGCACAACAAUGUGAGCAUCUUGUACGCGGACGUGGUGAAUUUCUCUGGACUUACCGUAACGUUGCCGAUACGAAAACUCGUGGAUACGCUGAACGACUUGUUCGGUAGCUUCGAUGAGGCAUCGGAAAAACAUAACGUGUUGAGAAUCAAAUUUUUGGGCGACUGUUAUUACUGCGUGAGCGGCGUGCCUACGCCGAAUUCCCAACAUGCCAAAAGCUGCGUUGAUCUCGGCCUCGAUAUGAUAAAAAUCAUCAACGAGGUCAGAGCGAGAGUCUAUCGCGAGAGCGGUGUCGACGUGAACAUGAGGAUCGGCGUGCACUCGGGCAACAUAAUAUCCGGAAUUCUGGGCACAAAUAAAUGGCAGUACGACGUUUGGUCGCGCGAUGUGGUGAUAGCGAACAAAAUGGAGCAAACUGGAAAACCCGGCAAGGUGCACGUGACUCAGCAAACGCUGGAUCUCGUUAACGUGAGCGAUUACAAUUACGUCCCGGUCGAAAGAUUGGACGACGAAGUCCUGCGAAAAUACGGAAUACGCAGCUACCUCAUCACACCGAUCUCGUCGAAAAUACCGGUACCGACGCGCGAGAACAGUUUGAAGGUCAUUAGUUCGGACUCGCCGAUUCUGUCGUAUCCUACGCCUAAACAUUACAUCAAGUACUACAAUGGGCGCUGCAACAACAUUAUCAGCAACGCUUCUAGGGUGAAAUUAACAAACAAUCAGGCGGACGUUUUCGCGAGCACUUAUAGACGAAGAACGCACUUCAUGGAUUCCUGCUUGCGAGAUUAUCAUCUAAUGUUGAAAGCGGCAGACGCCGAGAUGGAGAACGCUAUUAAUCAAAUGCCUCUCAAUAAAUGGGAACAAUGGAGCAACUGGAAGCAUAUAAAUCCACUUAUCCUGACAUUCCGGCAAUGGAGUUGGGAGAUUCCAUUUCUGCGUGAACCGGAUCCUCUUUUCAAGUUUUACAUAGGCUGUUCUGCCUUUGUGCUACUCUUCAUGGGAUUCAUUUAUCUCGUACCCACGCUUAUGCACUCCCAGUGGAAUCUGAGAAUAAUUGCCAGUUACUCAUCAGUAAUGAUGUUUCUGAUCAUUUUAAUACCUCUCACGUGGAUGCACUUUGUAUGGAAUCGUUGGAAGGAUCCACACGACGAACACGAAGGAAACGUUCCGCAUCCACGGAAUAAAUUGCUAUAUUUCUUUUACCAAACAAGCGUAAAGGUCGUAUGGAGCGCCCUUUUGAGAACAAUCUUGUACCUGAUAAUCACGAUAAUGUUGGCGGCAUGCGCCAUGUUUGACUUGAUUUUCGAAUGUAACAAUGUAAACAAUAAUAUAACAUCCAGCGUGGAAAUUGGCGCCUCCAAUUUAGAGUGCAUGGCUACACCUUGGCAAAUGACAGAAACAUGCUCGUUGGCAAUCCUCACGAGUUUCCUUUUUCUGAGAGUCCACUAUGCUUUGAAAUUCAUGAUAGGUAUCUGCGUGGUAGUCUUUUAUGCAUGGAAUGUUUGGGUGCAUCGAUCUAUAUUUCAGUUGAGCGACACGUGGAAUCCUUCUUUGGACCCGAGACUAGCUCAUAUAUUGACCGUGGUGUUUCUCACAUUUUCUUUACAUCUUAUUGAUCGUCAGGCAGAGUACCUGAGCAGGCUGGAUUAUCAAUGGAAACGUCAACUAACAAAAGAACAGGAUGAAGCGUUUCAUACGAGGAAUGCCAAUAAGCUUCUACUCCGUAACAUUUUACCGGAACAUGUUGCGGAAUUUUAUUUGAAUAUGAAUCGAAGCGAGGAGAACGAACCUUAUCACGAGUCUCACAAUAACGUGGCCGUAAUGUUCGCCUCUCUGAUAGGGCUGUCAAUCGACGAGAGCGACAUUCUUAUCGAUCUGAAUGAGAUUAUCUGCGAAUUCGACAAAUUACUCUUUGAACCCUAUUUCGUGUGUCGUAUCGAAAAAAUAAAGGUUGCUGGAACAACAUAUAUGGCAGCUUGUGGAUUAGAAGCUAGUCGACGCAAUUCGAUGCAUAGCACCGAGAGCGAAGAUGAUUUUAACGAUAAUGUGGUCAAGGUGAUGGCGCAAUUCGCCGUAGAAAUGAUGUCCGUGCUCGAUAAAAUGAUCGCGAGGUCUUUCGUCACUUCAAAACCAUAUAAAUUAAGGAUCGGAAUUUCUCAUGGAGAAGUAACGGCCGGUGUCGUGGGAGCUCAAAAACCCUUGUACGAUAUUUGGGGCGAUGCCGUAAAUAUGGCAUCCAGAAUGGACACCACUGGAGUACCUGGAAAAAUACAAGUGACAGCGGAUACGGCUGCCAUCUUGGAACAACAGAGUGUCAAGUGUCAUUUACGUGGUGAAACAUACGUGAAACCAAAAGGAAAAGUCACGACGUACUUCGUGGGUAUCGAUGAGAAGGAAAUGUUGGAAAAAGCGGAUUCUGAGGAGGAAGAGAGCACUAGUUUAUGACAAAUAACGAAUGAUGAUUCAGAUUAAUUUUAAAGGUCAAGCUAUAUCUCCCGACAAAUAUCGUCUAAAAAAGCAUACAGGGUGUAAUCGAACAGUCGUUCUCUACUGUUAUACUAUUGAGACGGCUUACGAGUUACACUCUGUAAUGUUUGAGCGAGCAAGACCGGAGAGAAACCAAAGAAAGUGCGAGAGACCAAAGAAUGAGAAGCGCGAGAGAUAACGCGUGAGAAUAAAAUAAUGUAAGAAAAUAUACCUCAAAUCAAUUAUAUAGGUUGUACUCUCGAUAUAUCGCGAUAAUGAUUAUUUCCCGCCGGCCACACUUAUCGCCGUGUCAUACUGCUAAUCAAAAGAUGAAAGAAAUCAAUAUAUAUUAUUAACAAUUUUUUUAUUAUAUACAAAAGAAUUACAUUGUACAGCUCCGAAAGAUGCAUACGGUAUUUUUUUUGCAUCAUGUUACUUUACACGUGCAAAUAAUAAUUACUAAUCAAUAUCUUUCACUAAAAAUGAUAAAUCGUUAACUUGUCCAUCAUUAAUUUGGUUUUCUUAGAUCAAAAGCAGAAUGAUACAGUCGCAAAGUGAUAUAAUUUAAUAUUUGUCUUCUCUAAGAUAUGCACAUCUCUCUAACGAUUAUAAAUGACGAUACGUCGCAAUAAGAAAUUAUAUAAUGAAAAGAAAGUUUUUUUUCACUUCAUGGUUCAAGCAAACGAAUUUUUUAAAUUUGAAGAUAUUAAUGUAAAUGUAUUACAAAACCGUAAGGCAUUCUUUUUCCUAUAUUUGUCUAUUUUUUGAGUAUUGUGACUCAUAACAAUUGCGAUUACGUAUCAAAAAUACAAAACCGAGAUUGCAAAAAAAAUAAUUUAUUUUUAUAUCAAAUGCAGUAACGACAA